AAGUAAUUAUAGCUUCCCUCUGUGGUGUGCAGGGCAGAAGGCUGAUUUAAUAAAGGAAGCCUGCUGUCUGUCUCCAGCCUGCCUGUGACUCAUGGAACCCCGGAGUCCCGGCAGCACUACCCGAAGAGAGUGAUGAGCGGCUGGGGGUGGGAGGUAAAGGGGUAGCCAGCUCAGCUAGCCAGAGCCCCAAGAAUAAGGAAACUCCCCGCUCGGCGGGUAGGAGCCAGCAGCUGGAGCCAGAGGAAGUGAGGCUGGGACAGAGCAAGCAGCUGCUGCUUCUCCCCGGAAAGAAGGCUCCUGCCAUGUGGACAUCUACAAUAAAAUGGGAUUCUGAUGCUUCAUGACAUGCCAUUAUGUAGAGCAAUAAUGAACACUGGCCUAUUUUGGACUAGGUGACAACCCUCAGAAAUGAUACAGUAAUACCUACCACAGAGAAGCUGAACAUACUCUGUUUGGAGUGGACAACCUAAAUUGUCACUGGAGUUUCAAAAUGACAGACCCAAUGAUGGACUUCUUUGAUGAUGCUAAUCUUUUUGGUGAGACUUUAGAAGGCUUGUCAGAUGAUGCGUUUGUACAACCGGGACCUGUCUCACUAGUUGACGAAUUGAAUUUGGGUGCAGAGUUUGAGCCUUUGCACAUAGACUCACUAAACCAUGUUCAAGGUACUCCAACACAUCAGAAGAUGGCGGAUUUCGAACAGUUAAAUCAAUUUGACUCAAUGAAGUUUCAUCAAGUUAAUCAAUCUUUUGGCAGCCCAGUUGAACACGUAUUAUCUCCACAUUCUCAAUUUAAUUGCUCUCCAAUCCAUCCCCCAAACCAACCCAAUGGCUUGUUUCAAGAUGUAGCAGAUGGGAGUCCAAUGUGGGGUCACCAGACAGCUACUGGCUUAGCUAAUCAAAAUGGAUCCCCCUUUCAUCAACAAGGACAUUCACACUCUCUACAUCAAAAUAAAAGCUUUGUGGCGCACCAUGAUUUUGCCUUAUUUCAGGCCAGUGAACAUCAAACACAGUGUUCUUCCCUUCGCUCACAACAAAACAGAAGUAACCUUAACCCAGGGCAAAACUCUCUUGGCCAGGCUAAAAAUUUUCUAGACGCUAAUGUUUCCGGCACACACAGAGUUAAUGUUAACCACCUAGCCACCGCCCCAUCCUCGCAGCAGACUCUACCUGUGCAGUUUUCUCCGACUGCAAACCCUCCUGCACACUUCCUCAAGUGCAGCAGUCACCAGGAAGGCAACUAUAACAGACCUUCUCCAAGUAUGACUCCCUGCUCUGUGAGUAACUCGCAACAGUUCCCUGCACACUAUUCCUUCUCCAGUGGUCACGUGUCACCAAGCAGUCUCCUCCAGUCAUCUGCAGGUCUCGCCCCCAGUCAUACAAACCAGGCUCUAUCUGAUUUUGCUGGAGGUAACUCCUUUUCGCCUCAUAGGGGAAUGAAGCAAGAGCCCACACAGCAUCUCCUGAACCCCACUCCAUCACUGAAUUCAAAUAGUUUUCAAAUUUUGCAUCCGUCACAUCCUCAGGGUAAUUAUAGCAACUCAAAAUUAUCACCCGUGCACAUGAACUUCCCAGAUCCUGUUGACUCAGGACCUCCAAUGGGUCAUUUCAAUGACCAUGUGGAAACUAAUGGAUUUUCAUCUUUAGAAGAGAAUUUACUUCAUCAAGUGGAAUCUCAUGCAGAACCAUUUGCAGGACUUGACCCAGAAGACCUCCUGCAGGAGGGUCUCCUCCCCCAAUUUGACGAAUCACCAUUUGGACAAGAUAAUUCAAAUCAUGUUUUAGAUCAUGACCUUGAUCGCCAGUUCACUUCACAUCUUCUAUCGAGGCCUUCUGACAUGGCUCAAACUCAGCUGCAGUAUCAGGCUCGGGGCUGGCCUUCCCCACUGUCUAACAACCAUCAACAUUUACACAACAGAAAUCAUCUGUGUUUACAGCGACAGCCUCCAUCUUCCAAGAAGAGUGAUGGUUCUGGGACAUACACUAAGCUGCAGAAUACCCAGGUGAGGGUCAUGUCUGAGAAGAAGCCAAGAAAAAAGGUGGAAUCAGAAAGCAAGCAAGAAAAGGCUAAUCGUAUAAUAUCAGAGGCCAUAGCAAGAGCAAAGGAGCGAGGGGAACGUAAUAUUCCACGAGUAAUGAGCCCCGAGAACUUUCCUAGUGCUUCAGUCGAAGGGAAAGAAGAAAAGAGAGGUCGGAGGAUGAAAUCUAAGCCGAAAGACAGAGACAACAAAAAAUCAAAACCGUGUUCUAAGUUGAAAGAGAAGACAAAAAUUGGCAAACUCAUUAUUACAUUGGGUAAGAAACACAAGAGAAGGAACGAGUCCUCAGAUGAGCUGUCCGAUGCAGAGCAGAGGUCCCAGCACACGUUCAAAGAGCAACACUCUCAAAAAAGAAGAUCAAAUCGACAAAUUAAGAGGAAAAAAUAUGCAGAAGAUGGAGAAGGGAAGCAAUCUGAGGAAGAGGUGAAAGGCAGUCUGAGAGUGAAGAGGAACUCAGCUCCAGCACCUGGAGAGCAACCUCUGCAGCUGUUCGUGGAAAAUCCAAGUGAAGAAGAUGCUGCAAUUGUAGACAAAAUACUAGCCUGUAGGAUUGUAAAAAAGGAAGUAUCACCUGGAGUUAUGCUUGAUAUAGAAGAAUUUUUUGUAAAGUACAAAAAUUACUCUUAUCUCCACUGUGAAUGGGCCACGGAACAGCAGCUUUUGAAAGAUAAAAGAAUCCAGCAGAAAAUCAAGCGAUUCAAGCUAAGACAAGCACAGAGGGCACAUUUUUUGGCAGACAUGGAAGAAGAACCCUUUAACCCUGACUACGUUGAAGUAGACAGAAUAUUGGAAGUUUCUUUUUGUGAAGAUAAGGAUACUGGUGAGUCUGUUAUUUACUACUUAGUAAAGUGGUGCUCACUGCCGUAUGAAGACAGUACCUGGGAACUAAAAGAAGAUGUAGAUCUUGCAAAAAUUGAAGAGUUUGAACAACUGCAAGCUUCACGGCCUGACACAAGACACUUGGAACGUCCUCCCUCUAAUAUUUGGAAGAAAAUAGAUCAAUCCAGGGAAUAUAAAAAUGGCAAUCAACUCAGGGAAUAUCAACUAGAAGGACUCAACUGGCUCCUGUUCAAUUGGUACAAUAGACGAAACUGCAUUUUAGCAGAUGAAAUGGGCCUUGGCAAAACCAUUCAGUCAAUUACAUUCCUCUACGAAAUCCUCCUGACGGGUAUAAGAGGACCUUUCCUGAUUAUCGCACCGCUUUCUACCAUUGCAAACUGGGAGAGAGAAUUCCGUACGUGGACUGAUAUUAAUGUUGUCGUCUAUCACGGGAGCCUGAUUAGCAGACAGAUGAUACAGCAAUAUGAGAUGUACUUCAGGGAUUCUCAGGGGCGCAUCAUCCGAGGAGCAUACCGAUUCCAAGCCAUCAUCACUACUUUUGAAAUGAUUCUUGGGGGCUGUGGAGAACUUAAUACAAUUGACUGGCGAUGCGUGAUUAUUGAUGAAGCACACAGGUUAAAAAAUAAAAAUUGUAAACUCCUGGAGGGUUUGAAACUCAUGAAUCUGGAACACAAGGUGCUCCUGACUGGCACUCCUCUCCAAAAUACUGUCGAGGAGCUGUUCAGCCUUCUUCACUUUCUUGAGCCCUUAAGGUUUCCAUCAGAAUCAACAUUCAUGCAAGAGUUUGGAGACCUGAAAACAGAGGAACAGGUACAGAAACUUCAGGCUAUCCUUAAACCAAUGAUGCUGAGACGAUUAAAAGAAGAUGUGGAGAAGAAAUUGGCACCCAAGGAAGAGACUAUUAUUGAAGUAGAGCUUACCAACAUUCAAAAGAAAUACUAUAGGGCUAUUUUAGAGAAGAACUUCUCGUUUUUAUCCAAAGGAGCUGGACAAACUAAUGUCCCUAACUUGGUCAAUACCAUGAUGGAGCUCAGGAAAUGCUGCAAUCAUCCAUAUCUUAUCAAAGGUGCUGAGGAGAAAAUACUUGGAGAAUUUAGAGAUACAUACAAUCCAUCUGCCUCUGAUUUUCAUCUGCAAGCAAUGAUCCAAUCUGCUGGUAAACUGGUCCUCAUUGAUAAGUUACUUCCCAAAAUGAAAGCAGGCGGCCAUAAAGUGCUUAUCUUCUCUCAGAUGGUUCGCUGCCUUGACAUCCUGGAAGACUAUCUUAUCCACAAGAGAUAUUUAUAUGAGCGGAUUGAUGGUAGAGUCAGAGGGAAUCUUCGACAAGCAGCCAUAGAUCGGUUUAGCAAACCUGACUCGGAUCGCUUCGUUUUCCUCCUGUGUACCCGAGCUGGAGGUCUAGGCAUCAACCUGACUGCAGCCGAUACAUGCAUCAUUUUUGAUUCUGAUUGGAAUCCUCAAAAUGACCUCCAGGCCCAAGCUCGUUGCCACAGAAUUGGUCAGAACAAAGCAGUUAAAGUCUACAGAUUAGUAACUCGUAACUCCUAUGAGAGAGAGAUGUUUGACCGAGCCAGCUUGAAACUGGGCCUAGAUAAAGCCGUGUUACAGAGCAUGAGCGGAAGAGACAGUAAUGUCAGUGGUAUUCAGCAGCUUUCCAAAAAAGAAAUAGAAGACCUGCUCCGAAGAGGUGCAUAUGGGGCCAUUAUGGAGGAGGAAGAUGAAGGCUCUAAGUUCUGUGAAGAAGAUAUCGACCAGAUUUUACUCCGCCGUACAAAAACUAUUACAAUUGAAUCAGAAGGACGUGGGUCAACAUUUGCUAAGGCAAGUUUUGUAGCCUCUGGAAAUCGGACAGACAUUUCCUUAGAUGAUCCCAACUUCUGGCAAAAAUGGGCUAAGAAAGCAGAACUAGAUAUAGACACCAUCAGUGGCAGAAACAGUUUAGUUAUUGACACCCCAAGAAUUCGGAAGCAAACCAGACCCUUUAGUGCCACAAAAGAUGAAUUGGCUGAAUUAUCUGAAGCUGAAAGUGAAGGAGAAGAAAAACCCAAACUCCGGAGACCCUGUGACCGGUCCGGUGGCUACGGAAGGACCGAAUGCUUUAGAGUGGAGAAAAACCUACUGGUUUAUGGGUGGGGCCGAUGGAGAGAGAUCCUGUCUCACGGGCGGUUUAAGCGGCAGCUGAAUGAGCACGAUGUGGAAGUCAUUUGCCGGGCCCUCUUAGCCUACUGCCUCGUUCACUAUCGGGGCGAUGAGAAAAUUAAAGGUUUCAUAUGGGAUCUCAUCACUCCCACUGAAGAUGGCCAGACUCGUGAGCUGCAGAACCACUUAGGCCUCUCCGCUCCCGUGCCCAGGGGCCGAAAGGGGAAGAAAGUGAAGACUCAGCCAAGCUCCUUUGAUAUCCAGAAAGCAGAGUGGCUGCGGAAAUAUAACCCAGAGCAGCUCCUGCAGGACGAGGGCUACAAGAAACACGUGAAGCACCACUGCAACAAAGUCCUGCUUCGUGUAAGGAUGCUGUACUAUCUAAAGCAAGAAGUCAUUGGAAAUGAGAGUCAAAAAGUCUUUGAUGGAGUUGAUGCAAGUGACAUUGAUGUUUGGGUGCCAGAGCCAGACCAUUCCGAGGUUCCUGCUGCGUGGUGGGACUUUGAUGCUGAUAAGUCUCUUCUUAUUGGGGUUUUUAAGCACGGUUAUGAGAAAUAUAACACGAUCCGAGCAGACCCAGCACUGUGCUUCUUGGAAAGAGUGGGCAAGCCUGAUGACAAGGCUGUCGCUGCUGAGCAGAGGGCCAACGACUACAUGGACGGGGAUGUGGAAGAUCCAGAAUACAAGCCUGCCCCAGCGAUCUUUAAAGAUGACAUAGAGGAUGACGUUUCCUCACCUGGAGAUCUGGUCAUAGCUGAUGGAGAGGGUCAAUUGAUGGAAGGGGAUAAAGUGUAUUGGCCUACCCCGUCAGCUCUGACCACACGGCUGAGACGUCUCAUCACUGCAUAUCAGCGAACUAAUAAAAACAGAUACGUCCAGCAGAUACAGCCCACCUUCUCAGUGCCUGCCAAUGUCAUGCAGCCUCUUUACGAAGAAGCCGCCCUGAAUCCUAAAAUGGCUGCCAAGAUCGAAAGACAGCAGAGGUGGACAAGGAGAGAAGAAGCUGACUUCUAUCGAGUUGUGUCUACAUUUGGAGUAGUUUUUGACCCAGACAGAGGGCAGUUUGAUUGGACAAAAUUCAGAGCUCUGGCUAGGCUACACAAGAAAACCGAUAACAGCUUGGAGAAGUAUCUGUGUGCAUUCAUGUCCAUGUGCCGGAGGGUUUGCCGUCUUCCUUCCAAAGAAGAAUUGGUCGAUCCAAAUAUUUUUAUUCAACCAAUCACAGAAGAACGCGCUUCUAGGACUUUAUAUCGCAUUGAACUUCUAAGAAAAGUACGGGAGCAGGCCCUUCGCCACCCACAGUUGUUUGAACGCUUGAAGCUUUGCCACCCGAAUCCAGACUUGCCUAUCUGGUGGGAGUGUGGCUCUCAUGAUAGGGAUUUGCUCAUUGGUGCUGCCAAACACGGAGUCAGCCGGACCGACUACCACAUUCUGCGUGAUCCUGAACUCUCGUUUAUGGCAGCUCAGAGGAACUACAGUCAGAGUAAGGCGGCUCACUCAAGGACUUCUACCCCACUUCUACAGCAAUACCAAGUAGCACUUUCUGCCUCUCCUCUCACCUCUUUGCCUAGACUGCUAGGUGCUAAAGGUACUCUUCUAGAGGAUCCGAAAGUUAAGAGUGAAAGCCUCGCAGAAGAGCCCCAGUCCUCAGAAGAAGAAUCUAUGUCUUCUGUGGAAACAAGGACACGAGUAAAAUCUGAGCCUGUAAGUCCAAAGAACGGUGUUUUAUCACAGGCUACUGGAGACCAGAAAUCUGGUGGGAAAAGUGAAACAGACAGACGCAUGGUUGCAGCCAGAACAGAACCCCUAACUCCAAACCCAGCUUCUAAGAAGCAGAGAGUCCACAAACGAGGACCAGAAUCCAGUUCUGACUCGGACUCUGACUCUGAGCACUCAUCGUGUUCUUCCAGAUCCUCCUCCUCCUCUUCCUCCUCCUCCUGUUCACACUCUCGAUCAGGCUCUAGUUCUUCUUCAUCCUCAUCUUGUUCUUCGGCAUCCUCUUCCUCCUCCUCAUCUUCCUCCUCCUCCUCCUCAUCUUCUUCAUCAUCAUCUGAAGAAAGUGACAGUGAAGAAGAUGUCCAGAAGCGAGAAGGUACGCCUCACGUGAAAGCCUAUGAUGAGGAAAGUGUCGCAUCACUGAGCACUACCCAGGAUGAAACCCAGGACAGUUUCCAGGCAAACAAUGGAACGGCAGAGUCUGCUUCUUACCUGUUACAAGGUGGAUAUAUGCUGGCAGCCUCAUAUUGGCCAAAGGACCGGGUGAUGAUCAACCGCUUGGACAGUAUUUGUCAAACAGUUCUGAAAGGGAAGUGGCCGUCAGCUAGAAGACAUUAUGAUGCUAACACGGUGGCGUCCUUCUAUACCACAAAACUGCUGGAUAGCCCUGGAGCAGCUACAGAACACAGCGAGCCCAGCGUCCCCACGCCCCCCGCUGUUGCUGUCAAAGAAGAGCAUGAACAGUCAACACAGAUGUCAAAGGUGAAGAAGCAUGUACGAGAAAAGGAGUUUACAGUGAAAAUCAAAGACGAAGGUGGUUUGAAGUUGACAUUUCAGAAGCAGGGGCUUGCCCAGAAAAGACCAUUUGAUGGUGAAGAUGGGGCCCUGGGCCAGCAGCAGUACCUCACUCGCCUUCGGGAGCUCCAGAGCACAUCAGAGACUAGCCUUGUUAACUUGCCCAAAUCUAUGUCAGCAUCAGGCACUUCCAUUCAGUCAACUCUUGGUGCCAACGGAGCCAUCCUAGACAGCCAGCCUAUAGUGAAGAAAAGGCGGGGAAGGAGAAGGAAUGUGGAAGGGGCUGACAUCCUCUUCUUGAACAGAAAUAAGCCACCUAAUCAUAUUUCCACAGGGAUAAACCCAGCGGUGCCCUGCCCACAGCCUCAAAGAAUUCCUGAUACAGAAAGUCCUGUUCCAGUUAUCAAUCUCAAAGAUGGGACGAGGCUGGCAGGAGACGACGCGCCGAAGAGAAAGGACCUGGACAGGUGGCUUAAGGAGCAUCCUGGUUAUGUGGAGGACCUCGGAGCCUUUAUCCCAAGAGUGCAGCUUCACGAGGGAAGACCCAAACAGAAAAGGCAUCGAUGCCGAAACCCAAACAAACUAGAUGUCAACAGUCUCACUGGAGAGGAGCGUGUGCAGCUGAUUAACAGAAGGAAUGCCAGAAAGGUUGGAGGUGCAUUUGCUCCUCCUCUGAAAGACUUAUGUAGAUUCUUAAAAGAAAAUGCAGAAUAUGGAGUAGCUCCUGAAUGGGGAGAUGUGGUUAAGCAGUCUGGGUUUCUUCCAGAAAGUAUGUAUGAACGGAUUCUCACAGGUCCUGUUGUGAGAGAGGAAGUAAGCAGGCGGGGGAGAAGGCCUAAAAGUGGAAUUGCCAAGGCCACCGUAGCAGCAGCGGCUCCUGCCGGCAGUGUGCCGGGCAAUCCUUUGCUGGCCAAUGGAUUACUUCCAGGUGUGGAUCUCACAGCUCUUCAGGCCUUACAACAAAAUCUGCAGAACCUGCAGUCACUGCAAGUGACUGCAGGGCUGAUGGGCAUGCCUGGAGGAGAAACUAAAAACAUGGCUGCUAUGUUCCCCAUGCUGUUCUCAGGAAUGGCCGGGUUACCAAAUCUGCUAGGCAUGGGAGGACUCCUGUCAAAGACUGCAGAAUCUGGGGCAGAAGAAAAACGAGGAAAUGACUCUAAGGAGCUAGAAGGAGAAAAAGAAAGGACAGAGAGCCAAAGUUCGGAGAAUGGAGGAGAACGCUGGGUGCCAGGUUCUCCUUCCACUUCCUCCGCGGCUGCAUUGAGUUCAGCUGCAGCUGCCAAGCCCAUAGCUCUUAACCCACUGUUGCUGUCUAACAUACUUUACCCAGGGAUGCUGCUCACUCCAGGCCUUAAUCUUCAUCUUCCAACCUUGUCUCAGUCCAACACUUUUGAUGUACAGAAAAACAAAGGUAGUGACUUAAAUUCAUCUAAGUCAGUCGAAAUAAAGGAAGAAGAUUCCAGAGUUCGAGAUCAGGAAGAGAAAGGGGGAACGGAGCCUAGUUCUCUCCACGAGAACAGCACAGACGAGGGUUCAGAGAGAGCUUCCUCCGGGUCUGAGAGUUCAUCGUCGUCAUCUGAGGAUUCAGACUCCAGCAAUGAAGACUGACUAGGGACUCUGCAACCUCAUCCUGAACUGGUUUUGCCUUUUCUUUAAUUACUAACUGUAAAUAUCCCAGUGUUGAGUGCAUCAAUAACUUACUGACAGAA